AUGGAGAGAAGUAGUUUUAUCUUAGAAACUGUUACUUUUUUGUUAGUUGUUUCUUCAGAUCCUCUGUUUUCAUGCAUUGUUACAUUCUGUGUUUUGAUUCUUAUCUAUUUGCCGCAUAUUUUCUGCAAGAUUGUUUUCUCACCUGUUUUGAUUCUCACCGGGGUUCUCUUGUUGAUUGUUCUUCGUUUUGGUGCAAUUCAGAGAUCUAACAGUGAAGAAAAAGAAAAUUUGGAAAUAACAGGUUAUGAUACCAAUGAAGAAAACAGAGAUGAGAAACAGGGGAAAACGGAGGAACAAGUGGAAAUACAUUCUUUCGACGAAAUUCAUAAAUGGGUUUUGAGGAAUUCUGAAGAAAAUUUGAAAUUUGAAAUGGGUUUUGAAUCAAGUUCGUUUCUUGAUGAGUCUUUCGUUGAAUGGAACGUGAAAGCGCCAUUGGAGGUUAUAUAUGAAGGUGAAGAAACAGAGGAGAGUUCUGUUGCUGGACUUUUGAGGUACCCUUCUUUGUCAUGUUAUUAUCCUGAAUCUGAUUCGGAUAGUUCAUCGGAGAAUGAUUUUCCGGCAAUGGGGAACUGGGACUCGCCGGAGGAGAUGGGUUUUAUGUGGGAUGAUGAAGAAGACAGAGAAGGGUUAAUUGAGAUAUCUCUUGAUGGUUGUAAGAAGAAAGAGUUGGAGUUUCAGUUAGAGGAAGAGAAUAUGAUUGAGAUUGAUAUAUCUCCGACGAAACGCAGGGAGUUUACCGGCGAGGAUGAGGUGUUUCCCGGUGAGAUUAGGUGCAAUUAA